AUGGUUUUAUUUCAAAAACGUUCUACAGAUCUCCAAAAGACAGUUCCAUCAAUACUUACGAAAAGUUUAUCAGCUUCAAAAUUUUCUAAAUUAAAAAUACCGAUUGAGGAGGAUAUUCAAAAAUUUAUUCAAUGCUUAGAAAACUCGCCACUUUCAGCACAUGACGAUAAUGAUCAGAAAAGCAUAACUUUUAACAAUUUAAUGUCUUUGUCAAAACAAUUUCCUAAAACAAUUAUUUCCUUUCUCCAACCUGCAACAUUUUUUCUCGCACACUCAGAAUGGCCACCACGUUCAUUUUCAGACUUGCAAGUGCCCAUCGGAACAAUAAUUGAUUACAUUACAUUAAAGGCUUCUUAUGCUCGAAAUCGUAUUGCUAUGGCUAAAUAUGAUACGUCAGGGAAUGGAAUUUUAAGCAGAGAGCAAUUUAUUGCUUACUAUCGUGGUGAGGUUAUGCCAUCUGUUGAUGUGCUAAAGGACCUUGAGGUUCAUUAUUUUUCAUUUUAA